UACAGUAGAGCCAGGACGUCUGACACAUAGGAUGGGUGAGUCCAGGUCAACUAGUGUAAUAAAAUAACCCCGAGUACAGCGUUGCCACGCACUUGGAGAAUUACGCAUAGCAUUGUUCCGACUUCCAUAUCUGAGCAAGCAGCAAUGACUCAUAUCGAUUGAUAUAUUGCAGCUGCAUCAAGAGAAUCCAGAUUCGAUACUUCCAACUUCGCAUACCAUCAUGGACACAAGUGGAAAGGACAAGACGCUCGUGCGGGAAGGAUAUAAUCAGAUUGCGCAAACUUACUUGCAAUGGACAUCAGAUAUCGACAAAGACUCGUUACGCGUAAAGUUCCUUGAGAAGCUCCUCUCCUACAUCAAAAACCCGUCCACUGGCAAUGUACUUGAACUGGGAUGUGGUGCGGGUAUACCGUCAACAAAAAUCCUGGCAGAACGAUGUCAAGAAGUCUUCGCUGUCGACAUCUCCGACGCUCAAAUCGACAUGGCCAAAGCGAAUGUGGUAAAGGACAACGUCAAGUUUAUCCGAGAAGAUAUGACCGAGCUCAAAUUUGGUGAUGGGUCCCUCUCUGCUGUCGCGGCAUUCUACUCCAUACUCCAUUUGCCCCGGGAGGAGCAGGUCAAGAUGUUCAAGCAAAUAUGGAAUUGGCUGGAGCCCGGAGGCUUCCUGUUGUGCAAUCUUGGUGUUGAGGACAACCCUGGUAAAACAGAGGAUUGGCUCGGUACGCGCAUGUAUUGGAGCGGUUUUGAUGAGAAGACCAAUACUGCGAACAUAAAGGACGCUGGCUUCACCAUUGUCGAAUCCGAGAUCCUAUCAGAUAACGAAGACGGAAGGUUGGUGCCAUUCCAGUGGGUGAUAGCAACCAAGAGUGGUUCCGAUACAGGACCAACCUGAGAAUUUACUGUGAUAUAUGUCCAACACGUCGAUGUACACAACUCAUCUGCAUGCUUCAAGUUGUUGCUUGCUGACUCAGCAGGAAAUCCAUCUACAUAUCUACUUCACCAAAG